CAGCAGCAGCAGGAGCUGGCGGCGACCGGCGAUGGAGAGCAAGGAGAAUGCGGCCCGCUCCGCGCCGCUGCCUGUGAAGAGGCCUCGCGGGAAGCGCAAGGCCCUGGCCGACCUCCCGAUCACCGGACCGAACACGAGUGACGGUUCGGCCCCGCGGGCGUCGAAGCCGAGGACGCGGUCGGCCGCGAGAGCGGAGGCCGAGGUGGAGGAGGCGAGGAAGCGGCGGGAGGCGGAGGACGCCGCGCGCGCGCCCGACGUGUCCCGUCUGCUGGACCCGAAGCGGGUGAAGCGGCCCGACGCCUGCGCGGCGCAGGCGGCGGUCGCGCCGUACCUCGGGGACAUCGACCGGUACCUGCGGUCGCUGGAGGUUGAGCCGUUGAUUAGACCAAAUGCAGACAAUUUUUGGAAGAUUCAGAAAGACAUCAGUCCAAAUAUGCGGGCUAUCCUUGUGGACUGGUUGGUGGAAGUGGCUGGGGAAUUCAAGCUUCAGGCAGAAACACUUUACCUUGCGGUUUCAUAUGUCGACCGCUUCCUCACAAGGGAUAUCAUUACCCGGGACAAGCUGCAACUGCUGGGUGUCGCUGCAUUACUCGUUGCUGCGAAGUAUGAAGAAGUUGAGUCUUCUAAGAUGAAGGUGAACAAAUACAGUGAUAUUACUGAUGGGACUUACACCAAGCAACAAGUUGUGAAGAUGGAGGCUGACUUACUGAAAUCUCUAAACUUUGAGAUAGGGGGCCCCACCAUAAGAACGUUCCUACGGCUAUUCAUUACUUCUUUUAGUGGAGGCAAUGGUGCCAGUGCCAAAAAACUGGAGUCCAUGUGUAGCUAUCUUGCAGAAUUGAGCUUGCUGGACUAUGACUGCAUAAGGUACCUGCCAUCAAUUGUUGCUGCUGCCUGCCUGUUUGUAGCCAGGUUCACGAUCCAUCCAAAGACUCGACCUUGGAACUUGAUGAUUCAACAAAACACGGGGUACAAGGUCUCUGAUCUGCAGGACUCCAUUUUUGCAAUACACGAAUUACAGUUGAGCAUAAGGUGGCCGGACCAGAAAGCCAUCAGAGAGAAGUACAAGGACCGCAAGUUCGGAUGUGUGUCGACAAUGGCUUCACCACGAGAAAUCCCUGCGUCAUUCCUUGAAGACCACAAUAAGUGAAGUCCAGAGAGUGUUUCUGCGGUUUCGCUGCAGGCGAUGCAGAAAUUAGUUUGGUGGUAGCCUGGUAGCCUGGUAGGAUAGGUUAGAUUAUCAAUCAUUCAGUCGUGAAAUCUGUCAUGCACAACUUUGUAAAUAGCUGGUAUUAGUCUGCCCGUUUUGGUCGCAUCGACAAUGCAAUUGCAUUGGUAUUUUGGUAUAAUGUGCGACUGAAGUGUUUUUCUACAGAGGUUAGCCCUAACG